AAACAGGUGGUUCGCACAACGUCGGCAUAACCACCGACGUCAAUUAGCGGCGAGAUCGAGGCUGGAUAUUGGGGAAAACUAACGAUCAGCUGGCGGGACUGCCAGUGUCACACGCUCGAAUAAAGUGACGGCGCGGACUAAAGAGAGCGAUCGCAGCGAAUGUCAAUAAAUGGUAUUGAAUCUUUGAAGGGAAUUGUUGGCUUUCUCGCCUGAGUCGAUCGUGGAGGGUUUUGAUGACAACAACUUUCACUCUUCAAAGCCAGUUUCUUUCUCAGUCCGGAGUUGGAACCCUUUUGCGUCGGAUUGCCAAGACGGUAUCUUAGGAGAUAUUAGCUUUGAGUCGGCAUUUAGCAGUGUUUAGUAUUCUCGGAAUCGCCCGAAACUUGUUCGCAGUUGCGCUUUCAGGUUCGACUUUCACUCGCAAGGAACUUUCAUUCCAGCUAGUAAAAUAGUCAACUCAUUUCGAGAAACCAAGACGGCGUCUAUGCGGAUAGUAGCUUUGAAAUCUGCAUUUAGUAGUGGUCUACGUGGACUUGUUUAAACGGAGUUAGUUGCAGCUUUCACUCGUUAGGAACUUUCAUUCCAGCUGGUAAAGUGGUCAGAAUCAUUUUGCCAGGGGACGUUAAGACCCCAUCCACGCAGACUAUAGGUUUGAGUCGGCAUUACGAUUCUUAUUCUUGGCAUUGAUGGGGACUUAAACGUUGAGCUACAAAAUACAACAACUUUAACUCUUGAGGUACAUUCAUUCAAUAAAUGGUUAGACACCUUUUUCGGACUAAACAAAGUCGGCCUUGAUGAGUAGACAGCAGCAUUGAUUGAACAGUGCAGUGAUUUCGUUUUAUCGGGGAAACAAAACCCCGUAAGUGGACAGAACCGAUCGGCCCGCAAACCUUAAAAGCAGUGGUUAUCCAGUGACAUCGGCGUUGACAAAAGCCCACAAAGUAGACAGUAGCUUUAGCCAGCAUCACCUCUUACCAGUAAUAUUCAUUCUGUCAAGACAAGCAAGUGGACCGUACCUUCCGGCCCGCAACAUUUUAAGCAGUGACUAUCCAGUGACAACGAUGUUGGCACUAUCCCAUCGAAGUGGACAAUAGCUUUAUACUGCAUCACCUCUAACCAGUAAUUUUCCUUCUGUCAGGACAAGCAAUAUUCUAUCCAUUUUGACAGUAUCGUUUGGCCCGCAACAUUUUAAGCAGUGGUUAUUCAGAGACGUCGGCGUGUACAAGUUCCCAUCCGAGGAGACCAUCACAUGUAACAAGUGAUUUUGUUGUCCGGGUUACUAAGACCCAUCCAAGUGGACAGUAGCUUUCCAUGUUGGCAUUGGCUUAGACCACCAGCUGUCUAAUGGAGUUUAGAUUACUGACAAAAUUAUGCACUGAUUGCUGACUCGGAUCGUUUUUUUCUCGUGGAACGAUUCAAUUAUGGAAAACAUCAGACACAACGGCUGCUGGACUCUGUUGCUUUUUCUUUGUUUUUAUCUUCCAUUUUCAAAAGCGGUCCAGACUGACGUUCAGCUUGUUCACGAGAACCUCUGCCUUGUUCCCAGGAACGAGCGUUUUCUGUGUGAGAGUGGAGAUUGUGUUUUCCACAACAAAACUUGUGAUGGUCUUCGCGACUGUCCGGGAGGUGAUGACGAAGACAAAAAACUGUGCGGCAAUCGACCCACAACAUUGGACACCACGUGCAACCCCACCGACAAAUCAAAAUACGUCUGCCAAGAUGGUAGCUGCAUACCAAAAAACAGGACAUGUGACGGUCUUAUAGACUGUCUAUAUGGAGAGGACGAGGGGCCUGGCCAAUGUGGUUGCCUGCCCCAUGAAUUCCAGUGCAGUAAUACCUCGUGUAUUGACGCCAUGAAGCGAUGCGACCGGAGGCAGGACUGCGAUAAUGGCGCGGAUGAACAAGAAUGCGAAACGUACACGUGUCCAGCAAGUCACUUCAAGUGUGAUAACCAUUACUGUAUACUACGAGAGGGCAUGUGCAACUUCCAGGAUGAUUGUGGAGACAAUUCGGAUGAGUCUGCGUGCCACCGGAGACCAUGUUACUUCCGUGAAUUUCAGUGCAACAAUUCCGAGUGUAUAAAGACGGCGAUGUUGUGUGAUGGGACCGUUGACUGUUUAGAUGGGAGCGACGAAGAAAACUGUGGGACUGGUGCCCACUUCCGAUGCAGCAUGAAUGGAAUUUACAUCACCAUGGAUAAGGUCUGUGACAAAAAAGCAGAUUGCCCAGACCACGAGGAUGAAAGCAAGUGUGGCGGCUGCGGGUCACGUGACAUGCAGUGUCCAAAUGGCCGCUGCAUUAGCGCGGGAAACAAGUGUGACGGGAUCUGCGACUGCGCAGACACGUGCGACGACGAGGCAGACUGCAGCAAUGAUCCUUUUUCCUGCCCUGCCGGGGAGUACUACCUCUGCCGCGACAGGCACCGAGACCCGAAGAACAGGAGGUGUAUCGCCAAAGACUAUGUCUGCGACAUGGUGAAUAAUUGUAUGACUGGGCCAAAGGGAGCUGAAGAACAUUUUUGCCCCAAACCAAACCAAGUGAGUUGCCCGGCCGACAAGGACCUCUUCGCCUGUAAUGACGGCACGGGCCGGUGCAUCUUACAGAGACUGAUCUGCGACCACCAGUCAGACUGCAUCAACGGACGAGACGAGAUGAACUGUCCGAAUUUUGAAGAAUGCGGCCAAGGGAGUUUCACGUGUAGUAAUCAGGAGUGCGUGCUGAUGUCGCAGAGGUGUGACGGAGAGGUGGACUGUAUAGACAGGUCCGACGAAAUUGGAUGCGGAACAUACACAUGUGGUGAUAGCAUGAAGAAGUGUAGAAACGGUCAGUGCGUCCACGAGUCCAAGUGGUGCAACUACCAUCGCGAUUGCUUUGACAACAGCGACGAGGAGAGGUGUGUCCAUAAGAAGUGUUCGCUUGACGAGUUUACGUGCCGAAGCGGCCAGUGUAUUCCAAUGGAGCACAAAUGCGUCAAAGACCGAGACGAGCAGAUAGGGUGCGCGGACAUGUCUCAUCUUUACGACUGUAGAGAUUACAACUGCACCGUCUCAUCUCUGGACCUCUACAAAUGUCGAAACAGCUACUGCAUCUACCAAUCAAGACUUUGUGACCAGUUUAUAGACUGUCAGUUACUUCUCGAUGACGAGGAUAGGCCUGAAUGUGUUUAUAACUGCCCGGAAAGAGAGGAGACAUGUCAAUGUCGAGAAACCAGCAUGGACUGCUCGGGGCGGGGCCUGAAUCACACUGUGCCGGGGACCUGGGAGGAGCGAGGCCACUCCGAGUUUAACUUCUCGCACAAUCACUUGGGCGUAACGUUCUCAACCAAGAUGUUUGCUGGUCGAGAGAAUAUUACUAUACUAGACCUAACCGACAACAACAUCGAUGGAAUUGAAGAGGGAUCUUUCAACAGUCUUUGGCGUUUGAAAUCCUUGUUCCUUAGUUACAAUAACAUUACGAGAAUAGCCAAAGGAGCGUUCAUCGGUCUUCGAAAUGUCAAAUCUCUGCACCUCGAAGGCAACCAUAUCGAAAGUCUCUCAAGCCAGGCAUUUGACGGACUAUCUUCACUUACAACACUAGAUUUGACCCGACAAAAUCUGACCUCGAUCCAGGAGAUGACAUUUAAAGGCCUUCAUCAACUGAGGACACUCAACUUAUCAAGGAAUCAGAUCGAGGUCAUCUUCAACGGGGCUUUCUUUGGUUCAACAAGACUUCAAGUGAUAGAUCUCUCUCACAAUUCCAUCCAGCUAUUGAAACCGCGGGCUUUCUCGGGCUUGACGUCACUGAAGAAACUUUAUCUCACCAACAAUCUUAUAGAUACACUAGAUGGCGCUGUGUUCACGACCUUGACCUCAUUGGAAUACAUGUAUACGGACGAGUUUCGUCUCUGUUGCCCGCAGCGCCGCGAGGGGAGUGAAUGUUUCCCCCGGCCCGACGAGUUCUCUUCCUGCGAAGACCUCAUGGCCAGCUAUGUUCUCCGGGUGUCGCUCUGGGUGAUCGGCGUAGUGGCCUUCGUUGGGAACCUCAUCGUGAUUGUGUGGAGGCUUCAGAAGGGGAGGGAAAGUAAGUCGAUCCAGGUCCAUUCCUUCCUGAUCACGAACCUCGCGCUCGGGGACCUCCUGAUGGGGAUCUACCUCCUGAUAAUCGCCACAGUCGAUCUACAGUAUCGAGGCGUCUACAUCAUUCACGACGAAAGGUGGCGCCAUAGCGCCCUCUGCCAGGUCGCCGGCUUCCUUUCGACGUUUUCCAGCGAGCUGAGUGUGUUUACGUUAACACUGAUCACAAUAGACAGACUAAUCUGCAUCAUCUUUCCGUUCAAGAUUAAAAAUCUUGGCAUAAAGGAGGCGAGAAUUGUGAUGUUGUUUCUGUGGUUGUCUGUGGCAAUCAUGGCGGCCAUUCCUCUUGCAGACAUUGACUACUUCCGGAAUUUCUACGGGAGGUCAGGCGUGUGUUUGGCACUUCAUAUUACUCCUGACAAACCCACCGGAUGGGAAUACUCAGUAUUCGUCUUCAUUGCUUUGAACCUCAUCUCCUUCGUCAUUAUAUUUGUUUCGUAUCUAUGGAUGUUCAUUGUUGCUAGGCGCACCCAGAAUGCUGUGCGAACGGCGGAAAUGAAGCGGGAUAUUAAAAAAGAGAGAGCGAUGGCGAAACGAAUGACACUGAUUGUGAUGACUGACUUUUUCUGCUGGGUGCCAAUUUGUAUUCUUGGAAUUGUAUCUCUUUGCGGGACAAGGAUUCCCCAACAGAUCUAUGCCUGGGUCGCGGUAUUCGUGCUGCCUAUCAACGCAGGGAUCAACCCAGUGUUGUAUACUCUUUCCACGGCGCCUUUCAUCAUGCACGCUUGGAAGAGAGCUGAGAAUUUCAGCCGGUCGUUCAAGGGUGAUAGGUGGACUAAGUCCAGUUUUGUAGAUGACAACAGUUCUACUAAUGCGGGCGGUAUACGGAUGAGAAAUCUGAACCUCAGCGAAACAACCACGGGAACAACUCGGUACCAGGCCAUUGAAGCCAAGGCCAAAGCGAACCCGAGACAGAACGGCAAGACCACGCCGCAGAGUCAUCGGUUCCUGGAGAACUCACUCUCCCUUGACGAUCACACUGAAAUCGAGGCUAUGGAUAUGUGCGUCAUCAUGGCGGACGAGAAUGCGUCAUUGAAAAAUUCUGAGGUUGUUUAUAAACGGGGUGCUCGCACUUGAGAUACCAUAUGAAAUGAACAUGGUCAACAUAUUUGAAGAAGUUAUUUACCAGCCUUUUAUGAACUGAAAACAAAACUACAGGGUUUUAGAGAGUGAUUUGAGAUGAUACUGGACAUCUUCGCAAGCCAGAGUCAUCCACAUGCUCCUCUCGAUUGCAUGUUGGAAGGGAUUGUCGUCGUGAAAUGAGCUGAUGCGGAUGAGGAAAGAAAGUGUACUGAUCCGCGGUCACUAUACCGUUACUUGGAUGUUGAAAAUGUUGCGUAAAGUUACAUGUAUUUUCAAAAAUAACAUUUGAAUAAGAUA